AUGUCGAGUUGUAGUCAUGCGGAGAGCUUAGCGGACUGUACUCAAUGGUUGGUGGGCCGUGGUGCUAUUAAAUUUUGGACAGAUAAUUGGCUAGGAGAGGUGUUAGUCGGACCUUUACCGAGCGAUAAUAACUUGACAAUUGCGGAAGCCUGGCCCCAAUUUGCAGAUCUGCUGCAAAUUAUACCACAAGAAUGGCAUGAGAAGAUGAAGAAGAUUACUUUAGAGAUGAAUAAACCGGAUCGUUUGAUUUUUACCCUCACUCAAUCUGGUGAAUUUUCGAGUAAGGAAUAUUGGCGUCAUAUUAAUAUGCCACGUUUGCGCGUCUCGUGGACAACUCGUAUUUGGCAGCCUUACUUACCUCAUCGAACUAGUGGAUUUUUAUGGAAGUUAAUUCAUCAUGCAUUGCCGGUUGAUCAACGAAUAAUUUCUCGGGGUAUUCCAUUGGCUUCAAGAUGUGUUUGUUGCCAAUCGCCUUGCCCGGAAGAUAUUGCUCACCUAUUUUUGCACUCAGAGAUUGCGGUACGGGUUUGGAAGCACUUCGGCUCCCUUUUCCAAGUCCAAGAUCGGUUUGAGUCGCCCAAACAUGCUUUGUGCGUUUGGGUCCCGCGGCCAUCCGAUCUCUCUCUUUAUGCCAUGAUUAGGAAUUCGGUGGUAUGUCACAUUUUUCGUGAAAUUUGGAAUGCUCGGUGCCGGGUGGUAUAUGCUGAUGGGGAUAUGUCAAGUGCUGAAAUUAUUCGUAAGGUUUACUACCACACGCAGAGCAUGGUGGCUUUGCAUCGUCCCAGGCAAUUUUCUACCAAGAUUCAAAGCCUUCGUAUUCAAGCCGCUGGUCUCCCGGUGGUGCAGCCGCCUCAUAAACGGGGGGCAUGGCACAAAUGGGAAUUUCCUCUGGCAGGAAAGUAUACGCUUAAUACAGAUGGUUCGGCAAAAGGUGGGAUGAGUUCAGGAGGCGGUAUUAUUAGAGAUUCGAGGGGGAAUAUUGUUGCUGCAUAUUCUUCGUUUUUCGGGCAUGGUACGAACAACUCUGCAGAAUUUUUGGCUAUAGUUUAUGGAUUAAGAAUGUGUAGGCACAUGGGGAUCCUUCAUGUUACGAUGGAGAGUGACUCGUUGUUGGCUAUUAAUGCAAUUAAAACCAAGGUCGUUACAUGGGAGUUAGAAUAUAUUCUUCGGCUGUGCUUGCAGGAAGUGGAUUCUUCUUUUCAAUUCAAGCACGUAGUUCGUCAAAAGAAUACGGUGGCGGAUCGAUUAGCUAAUUGGGCGUAUAAUCACCAAUCAAGUCAAGAAUAUUUUACCGAAAUUAGUCUUCCGGUGGAGGUUCGAGCUGCUUUGAUCAGUGAUAGGUUGGGGAUUGCUAAUUUCCGCCCCUAA